UUCAAGCAUCGCGUUUCGUAACAGGGCCAGGUCAGAAGUCCGAUACUGGCCGCCCCAGCAGUUCUAAAACCCAAUUAUAUCGACAGUUUCGAGUCUGAGAAAUGUGCUCUUGCCAAAACAUUCGCAAAAUGUAUCAUUAUACGCAAAAAACGUAGGAAAAUCCCGAGAAAAGCAUCGCGAAAAUUAUGUAAAAGUCAGUGAACGUUAUUUUAUAGUUUUCCGUUUUUCAAACUGAACGAUUCCAACAUGAUCGACGAACAGCAUCCCAUGCAGAUUGGAAUGUUUCCGAUGGACAUAAAAUGUCAACAGCAGCAGCAACACCAACAGCAACAACUACAGCAGCAACACCAGCAGACUGGGGGCCUCAAUCAACUGCUUUUGAGCGGAAAUGAACGCAUGUUAACAACACCAACGACAGCGGCAACAUCGGUGGUGGCAACCGGAAGGAGCACAUCGAGUGCCAAACCCGGAGUGGCCCACAAUGACAAAAUGGCGUCAGUCGGCAGAAAUGUCAACGGAAGUUGCAACAACAGCAGCAGCAGCAACAGCCACCACAGCAGCGGCAUAAACAAGCAGCCCAUGGGCGUGAUCCAAAUGCCAGGAGGAGGAGGUGGAGCAGGAGCAGGACCUGGACCACCCCAUCCCCUUUGCAACCGCAUCACCUUGGGGGAGUGCAGCCUGAAUGGAAUGGACAGCUUUGCCACGCCGGUAGCCCCUCCUUUGGCAUCCAACACACCGCAAACGCCUCAGGGAAUGGGUCCCAGUUCCAACUCCACUUCCACUUCCAUGUCCACUUCCUCCUCUGCCCUGGGCAUGGAGUUGGGCCUAGGAAUGGGUGCCCAUACCCAGAUGAGUCAGUGCGCCCACUGCUGCCAGCCCAUUUGCGAUCGCUACAUCAUGCGCGUGGUGGAGAACUCCUUCCACGAGGGCUGCCUCAAGUGCACCGCCUGCUCGCUGCACCUGGUCCACUCCUGCUACGCCAGGGAGGGCAAGCUCUACUGCCGCAUCGACUACGAGAGACUUUACAUCCGCAAUCAUUGCCUUGGCUGUGGCCUCAAAAUCGGGGCCGAUGAGCUUGUGAUGCGGUGCCACGAAAACGUCUUCCAUCUGAAGUGCUUCGCCUGUGUGGUUUGCGGAGCCCUUCUGAAGAAAGGAGAGCAAUACGUGGUCAAGCAAGGUCAGCUUUUCUGCCGUUUUGACUACGAGAAGGAGGUGGAGAUGCUACAGGGAUAUGAUUUCUAUGGCGAUGAGCUUUUUCCGCCCAAAUUGGACGGAAGACGAGGACCCAAGCGACCAAGGACCAUACUAAACACUCAGCAAAGGAGAGCCUUCAAGGCAUCUUUUGAAGUUUCGCCAAAACCCUGUCGAAAAGUUAGAGAGAAUCUGGCUAAGGACACUGGCUUAAGUCUAAGGAUCGUGCAGGUUUGGUUCCAGAACCAGCGGGCCAAGGUCAAAAAGAUCCAGAAGAAGGCCAAGCAGGAGCCGCCCAGCAAGGGAGCCAGCGACUCGCAGGACUCGCAGGAGUCGCUGGACAGCAGUCUGGCCACCAAGAUCAAGGACGAGGCGCACAGCGACAGCGAGUCGCAGCUGGAAUCGCCGUAUUCCACGACCUCGGAUGGACUGAAUCGGAUUCGAUGCGCCAUUAAGGACGAGCAGGAGCAAGUGCCCUUCAACUGCAUGGAGACCAAUAAAGAAAACUGCAAUAAGAACAGCGAGCCCAUACUAAAUACCAUUCUGGGACUGAGUUACGCCACAUUUCAGCAGCUAAUGGGACCCUUUGCCCAAACGCCGAUGAUCAAUCCGAUCGACCGGCUAUAUAGCAUGCAGAGCUCCUACUUCCGGCCGGAGGAGCUGCAAGCCUACGGAGAAUGCGGCGUCAAGGACUCCCUGAAUCACUAGUCUGGCCUUUGCAGGCCUUCGAAUUUUAAGCCCAAAUCAAAAUUAGACCUUGUAAAAUAAAAGAAUGUUA